AAUCGGAAAUCAAAACUGAAGAACCGGAUGAAACGUCAAUUGAUAUGUACGAUGAUGAGUUUCAUUUUAUUAUGGAAAAAUAUUUUGCUGCUACUGCUAAAAAUGUCAAUGAAGGGAAUGAGGCAUUGAGUAAGAAUGAAGAAUCGGAGAAUGACUCUGAUGCCACUGAAAUUGAUGAUGAAGAUUAUGAAGCAGUCAGUGGUGGGUGGGCACCUCAGCAAACUGAAGAAGUGGUCAAUGGAAGCUCGAGCAAUGUAUCCGUUGAGCGGGAGCCAAAUUGUUUUCAAGGAAAAACUAAAAAGCACAAGUGUCAAGAGUGCGACAAAAGCUUUGACCGUCCAUCUGAUCUCGAACGACACCAAAGGGUGCACACUGGCGUUCGACCGUACAAGUGCACA